AUGAAGAGGCUCUUAGCUGCCGCUGGCAAGGGUCGGGGCCCGGAGCCCCCGAACGCCUUCAGCGAACGGGUCUACACUGAGAACGACUACGGGACCAUCUACUUCGGGGAUCUAGGGAAGAUCCAUACAGCUGCCUCCCGGGGCCAAGUCCGGAAGCUGGAGAAGAUGACAGUAGGGAAGAAGCCCGUCAACCUGAACAAAAGAGAUAUGAAGAAGAGGACUGCUCUACACUGGGCCUGUGUCAAUGGCCAUGCAGAAGUAGUAACAUUUUUGGUAGACAGAAAGUGCCAGCUUAAUGUCCUUGAUGGCGAUAGGAGGACACCUCUGAUGAAGGCUCUACAAUGUGAGAGAGAGGCUUGUGCAAAUAUUCUCAUAGAUGCUGGUGCUGAUCUAAAUUAUGUAGAUGUGUAUGGCAACACGGCUCUCCAUUAUGCCGUUUAUAGUGAGAGUUUGUUCAUGGUGGCAAAACUGCUGUCCCAUGGUGCAGUCAUCGAGGUGCAAAACAAGGCUAGCCUCACACCCCUUUUACUGGCCAUAAAGAAAAGAAGCAAGCAAACUGUGGAAUUUUUACUGACAAAAAAUGCAAAUGCAAAUGCAUUUAAUGAGUCUAAAUGCACAGCCCUCAUGCUUGCCAUACGUGAAGGCUCAUCAGAGAUAGUCGGCAUGCUUCUUCAGCAAAAUGUUGACGUCUUUGCUGAAGACAUACAUGGAAUAACUGCAGAACGUUAUGCUGCUGCUUGUGGAGUUAAUUGCAUUCAUCAACAACUUUUGGAACAUAUACGAAAAUUACCUAAAAAUCCUCAAAAUACCAAUCCAGAAGGAACAUCUACAGGAACACCUGAUGAGGCUGCACCCUUGGCGGGAAGAACACCUGACACGGCUGAAAGCUUGGUGGAAAAAACACCUGACGAGGCUGCACCCUUGGCAGAAAGAACACCUGACACGGCUGAAAGCUUGGUGGAAAAAACACCUGACGAGGCUGCACCCUUGGCAGAAAGAACACCUGACAUGGCUGAAAGCUUGGUGGAAAAAACACCUGACGAGGCUGCACCCUUGGCGGAAAGAACACCUGACAUGGCUGAAAGCUUGGUGGAAAAAACACCUGACGAGGCUGCACCCUUGGCAGAAAGAACACCUGACAUGGCUGAAAGCUUGGUGGAAAAAACACCUGACGAGGCUGCACCCUUGGCGGAAAGAACACCUGACAUGGCUGAAAGCUUGGUGGAAAAAACACCUGACGAGGCUGCACCCUUGGCGGAAAGAACACCUGAUAUGGCUGAAAGCUUGGUGGAAAAAACACCUGAUGAGGUUGCACGCUUGGUGGAGGGAACAUCUGACAAAAUUCAAUGUCUGGGGAAAGCAACAUCUGGAAAGUUUGAAUAGUCAACAGAAGAAACACCUAGGAAAAUUUUGAGGCCUACAAAAGAAACAUCUGAGAAAUUUUCAUGGCCAGCAAAAGAAAGACCUAGGAAGAUCACUUGGGAGGAAAAAGAAACAUCUGUAAAGACUGAAUGCGUGGCAGGAGUAACACCUAAUAAAACUGAAGUUUUGGAAAAAGGUACAUCUAAUAUGAUUGCAUGUCCUACAAAAGAAACAUCUACAAAAGCAAGUACAAAUGUGGAUGUGAGUUCUGUAGAGCCUAUAUUCAGUAUGUAUUUGCGGCAGCACUCCUCUCCAGGAAGCACCAGCUGCAGGGAGUCUGUCCCUUGCAGACCCCUGACCCAGGGAAAGAUGAAUAAAAGUCUCUUUGAGAGUUCUGCAAAGACUCAAGUGUGUAUACCUGAGUCUAUAUAUCAGAAAGUAAUGGAGAUAAAUAGAGAAGUAGAAGAGCUUCCUGAGAAGCCAUCUGCCUUCAAGCCUGCCAUUGAAAUGCAAAAGACUGUUCCAAAUAAAGCCUUUGAAUUGAAGAAUGAACAAACAUUGAGAGCAGCUCAGAUGUUGCCAUCAGAAUCCAAACAAAAGGACGAUGAAGAAAAUUCUUGGGAUUCUGAGAGUCUCUGUGAGACUGUUUCACAGAAGGAUGUGUAUUUACCCAAGGCUACACAUCAAAAAGAAUUUGAUACCUUAAGUGGAAAAUUAGAAGAGUCUCCUGAUAAAGAUGGUCUUCUGAAGCCUACCUGUGGAAUGAAAAUUUCUCUUCCAAAUAAAGCCUUAGAAUUGAAGGACAGAGAAACAUUCAAAGCAGUGGAUGUGAGUUCUGUAGAGUCCACAUUCAGUCUUUUUGGCAAACCGACUACUGAAAAUUCACAGUCUACAAAAGUUGAGGAAGACUUUAAUCUUACUACCAAGGAGGGAGCAACAAAGACAGUAACUGGACAACAAGAACGUGAUAUUGGCAUUACUGAACGAGCUCCACAAGAUCAAACAAAUAAGAUGCCCACAUCAGAAUUAGGAAAAAAAGAAGAUCCAAAAUCAACUUCAGAUUCUGAGAUUAUCUCUGUGAGUGAUACACAGAAUUAUGAGUGUUUACCUGAGGCUACAUAUCAAAAAGAAAUAAAGACAACAAAUGGCAAAAUAGAAGAGUCUCCUGAAAAGCCUUCCCACUUUGAGCCUGCCAUUGAAAUGCAAAACUCUGAUCCAAAUAAAGGCUUAGAAUGGAAGAAUAAACAAACAUUGAGAGCAGAUUCAACUACCCUAUCAAAAAUCUUGGAUGCAGUUCCUUCUUGUGAAAGAUGAAGGGAACUUAAAAAAGAUCACUGUGAACAAAUUACAGCAGAAAUGGAACAAACGAAAAAUAAGUUUUGUGUACUACAAAAGGAACUGUCAGAAGCAAAAGAAAUAAAAUCACAGUUAGAGAACCAAAAAGCUAAAUGGGAACAAGAGCUCUGCAGUGUGAGAUUGACUUUAAAUCAAGAAGAAGAGAAGAGAAAAAAUGUCGAUAUAUUAAAAGAAAAAAUUAGACCCGAAGAGCAACUUAGGAAAAAGUUAGAAGUGAAACAACAACUUGAACAGGCUCUCAGAAUACAAGAUAUAGAAUUGAAAAGUGUAACAAGUAAUUUGAAUCAGUUAAAUGUUUAUUUUGUUUUAUUUGUUUCUCAUACUUAUGAAAGUGAAAAUGAUCUCUUUCAUGAAAAUUGCAUGUUGAAAAAGGAAAUUGCCAUGCUAAAACUGGAAGUAGCCACACUGAAACGUCAACACCAGGUGAAGGAAAAUAAAUACUUUGAGGACAUUAAGAUUUUACAAGAAAAGAAUGCUGAACUUCAAAUGACCCUAAAACUGAAACAGAAAACAUUAACAAAAAGGGCAUCUCAGUAUAGAGAGCAGCUUAAAGUUCUGACAGCAGAGAACACGAUGCUGACUUCUGAAUUGAAGGAAAAACAAGACAAAGAAAUACUGGAGACAGAAAUUGAAUCACACCAUCCUAGACUGGCUUCUGCUUCACAAGACCAUGAUCAAAGUGUCACAUCAAGAAAAAACCAAGAACUUGCUUUCCACAGUGCAGGAGAUGCUCAUUUGCAAGGAAUAAUGAAUGUUGAUGUGAGUAAUACACUAUAUAACAAUGAGGUGCUCCAUCAACCACUUUAUGAAGCUCAAAGGAAAUCCAAAAGCCCAAAAAUUAAUCUCAAUUAUGCAGGAGAUGAUCUAAGAGAAAAUGCAUUGGUUUCAGAACAUGCAUAAAGAGACUGAUGUGAAACACAGUGUCAAAUGAAGAAAGCUGAACACAUGUAUCAAAAUGAACAAGAUAAUGUGGACAAACACACUGAACAGCAGGAGUCUCUGGAGCAGAAAUUAUUUCAACUAGAAAGCAAAAAUAGGUGGCUUCGACAGCAAUUCGUUUAUGCACAUAAGAAAGUUAACAAAAGCAAGGUAACAGUUAAUACCCAGUUUCCUGAGAUGAAAAUGCAACGUCAUCUAAAAGAGAAAAAUGAGGAGGUAUUCAAUUAUGGUAACCAUUUAAAAGAACGUAUAGAUCAAUAUGAAAAAGAGAAAGCAGAAAGAGAAGUCAUUGUGAGACAACUUCAAAAAAAAUUGGCUGAUCUUAAUAAACAGUGUGAGGCUUCACUAGAGGUUACAUCACAUUCUCACUCUCUGAGGCAUCAAUAGAGGCUACAUCACAUUAUCACAUUAAUCUCAAAGAUUAAACAGUAAAGUUUAUUGUGAACAUUUGCUUCUUUUUCCAUUUUAAAGUUAAACAAGAAGAAAAGAGCUGUUGGGUACACCUGCAGAAAGGCUGUCACUUCACACUUGGAAGAUUGCACAACGUCCAGGCAGAGGCGCUCCUCACUUCCCAGAUGGUGUGUCAUCCGUGCAGAGGCGCUCCUCACCUCCCAGGCGAUGGGCAGCCAGAGAAAGGUUUUUCUGGCAUUGUCUGCCCAGCUGCUCCAAGCCAGGCUGAUGAAGGAGAUGUCCUCUGUGGUGAGCUGGAGGUUGGAGCCUGAAGAUGGCACAGCUCUGUGAUUCAUCUCCUAUGGUUGUGGCAGCCACGGUGAUGGAGAUGGCAGCUCAACAGGAGCGGUAUUGUCUUCUCUAAGCCAGACCUGGUCACCUGUCUGGAGCAAAGGAAAAAGCCAUGGAGUAUGAAGCACCCAGGUAGGUGAAAGCGAAUGAAGAAGAGGAUGACAUAGAUGAGGCAUCCAAAGGCCGAGAGGAACCCGGACUUUUACAUGUGAUUUGGGAAGCUGUGAUCCAGUGGAAAUCCUUUCUGAGUUUUUUCACUUGUUCUCACAUAGGGGCAUCCUCUGUCCCAUGCUCUCUAAUGACUCUACAUUUUCUUCAAUAAUUUUUCUUCAGAUUUGCAGUGAGAGCCAAAGUUCUCUUUAUGGCUUAUAAAACAGUGCACAAUCUGACUACUUUUAUUGCUUUUGGGGAUAUACAAAUAGCUGCAUAUUUUUUAGAAACCCUGUGUUUAACCAUUUUUAAGUUCUCUUUCUGCAUUGUGUCUGAAAUAUGUAAAAGUAGUGAUAUUGAGAUUUGGUUCAGAAAUCCCAGAAAUACAACACACAUAUGUUGUAUGUUUUCUGCUUUAUAAUUUCUUAUUUUAUGGAGGUUUCAAAUGUGUUUCUACAGAAAUUCAUACCCGGUAAUUUAAUCAGAAUAUUAAGUAUCUCUUUAAGAAUAUCUAAAGUUAUUUGAAUUGAAAUUUUUAUUCUUUUAGUACUAACUGAGGUUGGUAAUUUCAAUUCUGUCUUAAUUUCUCAACUGUAAUAUAACGUAGAUAUUUCCUACAUUUCUACAAUUCACUAUGUCAGGGAACUUAGAACAUUACUGAGCAUAUGUUAAGCUCCCACUUCUUUCCUUGUUUUUUAAAUUACUAUUUUGUAAUUUUAUCUUGUUCAGGAUAAAGUUUACCAGAACUGUAAUUUAUAUGUGUGUAUAUAUAUGUAGGUGUGUAUUGUGGAUUUUUUUACAAAUAAAAAUUGUAUAUAUA